CCGACGGGUAGCCCACCGUCACCCAAGGCAUGUUGCACUGUACCAUGCGAGGGACAGAGUGUUCACACUGGGUCUGAUUGGUCGUUUAUAUCGUGCCACCAUGAAUUAUUGCCUGUCUCCUUCCAACCCUGCCCAGCACGCCAUAUAACGGUGCGUACGUUGUGCAAGUCGAAAUUUCAACACGAUGGACGUGUCGGUUGGCAUAUACGCUAAACUCCAGGAGAUAAUCCGUUCAGCCACUGUAACUGACGUUGCUAAGGGAGUAGCUAUUCUAUGGGCACUGCGCAUAUCCUUCCGCGCUGUCCGGAACAAACUGAAAGCAACUAGACUCCGAGGUCCCCCAAGGACAAGUCUUAUAUUCGGCUUGUCGAAGGAUCUAUUCCACGCAGAGGAUGCGGGGGCCAUGUACGAAGCAUGGGCCGUUGAGUACGGCGCCGCUUACGAAGUCCCUACUGUCCUUGGCGGGAGCAAGAUUGUGUUGUGUGACCCCAGGGCCCUCGCCCACUUCUACAGCAAGGAAACUUGGACAUACGCACACACAGAUUUCGAGCGGCUCUUCAUCAGGAAGAGUUUUGGAAGGGUAAUACUAUGCGCUCAAGGUGAAGACCACAAAAGCCAACGCAAGUCCUUGUCGCCAGCGUUCAGCAGCGCCGCCAUUCGUAAACUGCUUCCUGUGUUUUACAAUUCUGCGUACAAGGCCAAGGCUGCAUGGGAGUCUUUGAUCGAUGCCAACGAUGGUCACAGUGCCAUUAUCGAGGUUCAGAAUUGGAUGAAUCAUAUUUCGUGCGAUUUAUUUAUUUAUUGUCAUUUGGACCCUCAACAUUCCAUCCAGGCUUGAUGUCAUUGGGCUUGCUGGCUUCUCCCAUGAUUUUGGUUCUCUGGACGGAAAGACAACCCGCGUAGUGGAGGUAUUCAAUACCUUCGCAGGGUCGGUUCCGAAUUCUACUAUCAUUCUUCUCGCCGAUGUGUUCCCUCUACUGCUACAUGUGCCAACAUCGAGGGGUGAUUUGUUCGCUGAGAUGAACCAAACACUGGCGGACGUCUCGAGGAAGUUUCUGCAGAGGUCCAAGGAGGAGAAGGAAGCAGGAAUCAUCGAUGGGAAAAACGACAAGUCUAUCAUUGGAGUGCUGUUAAAAGCAAAAGACUCGGGUGCUGAUGUCCAAUUAUCCGUUGAAGAAAUCCUUGCUCA